CUUCCAUCUAAUUUCCCGAGCAAGUUUUGUUAUGAGGACGGAGCAUUGUUAUUGGCAUGCUGCACCGCACUGCCCUAGUUUAUCCAGGCGCAUCUUAGAGGGAUUUUCUUUGCCCCACAAAUGCGUUUUCAAGUACUGCAAAAGAUGAAGGCAGGACUAGCGGCGCUUAUUUUUGCGUGUUGUCUUUGUUGCGUCCGAGCGAAACCAUCGUCCCUGUCGUGUCCCGGCGGACAGUUCGCGUUAAAAGACCAGUGCGUUGUGUGCCAUCCCACCUGCAGCGAGUGCGAAGGCCAUGAGUUGUUCGAGUGCACCGCGUGUGGUUUAGACGAGGAUGGAAGGGAGCGUUUCCUGUACCAGGGCCACUGCCGAGCUCACUGCCCACGGGAGUUCUACUCAGAUCGAGAGCAGUAUACCUGCCUGCCCUGUGCAGCCAACUGUGAGAUCUGCGCUGAUGGCCACAUCUGUGCCAAGUGCAGGGAAGGAUAUAAGCUACAGAGUGGGCUCUGCCUAGCAGUGCCAUGCGGUGUGGGUCAGGUCCGGGAUCCAGACUCAGGAGAGUGCAUAGACUGUGAAGCUGGCUGCAAGUCCUGCUCUGCUGAUGACCCCGAGUUCUGUAACAGCUGCACUGAUGGCUACUUUCUCUACAAGCACCAGUGUCGUCGACACUGUCCCCAGAGGUGCUAUGAGGAGCGGAGCAGGGGUCUGUGUCUCAGCUGCCCAGAGCCCUGCCUGGACUGCUGGAGUGAGACGCUCUGCCUGGCCUGCCAACCGUCUCACUUCCUCCACAAUGGGGCCUGUGUGAAAGUGUGUCCCCAGGACACGUUCAGGGACACCAGAGGGGGCCGCUGUCAGCCCUGUCAUGCCUCCUGCUUAACCUGCCAUGGCCCAGGGGUGAGAGACUGCGACAGGUGCAGUGGCUGGUACCGGCCCGUUUAUGGGAAGUGCCCCGUCAUCAACUGCCCUGAGGGCCAGUACUUUGAUAGUGUGACUCGUGACUGCCAUUAUUGCGACACUUCCUGCAGGACAUGUUAUGGUCCAAAGGCACAGAACUGUUACAGCUGUGCUUCUGGGUACCUACUGGAGCAGCAGGAGUCUGUGUGUGUGCCGCACUGUCCUUUAGGCUUCUAUGCUAACAGCUCCAGUCAGCAGUGUGAGAGGUGCUCUGCUAACUGUCAGGCCUGUGAGAGUGCAGAGCAGUGUGUCACUUGUACAGCCGACACCUACCAGCUCUUCCUCUUCCAGGGCAGGUGCUGGUCCGAGUGCCCUGAUGGUUAUUUUGAGACGGAAGGUGGCACGUGUGAUCCUUGUGAUGACCUUUGUUUGACCUGUGAUGGGCGGAGGACACAGUGCCUUGCAUGUAGAGAGGGUCUGUUCCUGGAGAACAAGCUGUGCGUGCACAACUGCUCCGCGCGGAGCUACCCUUCCCAGGAUGGCGCCUGCCGCCGCUGCGGCCCCCACUGUGAUGUCUGCAGAGACAACAGCACAUGUUCUAGAUGCAGUUUCCUCUACCUGCUUUUGAACGGGGAGUGUAGAGCCAGCUGUCCAGAGGGUUUCUUUGAAGACCUGGACCAGGGUGUGUGCGUGCACUGCCAUUCGUCAUGCAGCACAUGCUCCGGGCCCCUCCCGGAUGACUGCGAGAGCUGCUCCACCCUCACCCCGAAGCUGUACGAGGGCACCUGCUCGGAGGAGUGCCCUGCCGGGACCUACUACCAAACCUCCAGCGCGGAAUGCCAGGAAUGUCACCAGACAUGUGCUCGGUGUGUGGGCCCCGAGCCCACCCAGUGCUUGCAGUGUGGCAAGGGCCUGGCUCAAGACCCAAACACCAUGAUGUGUGGGGUUACUGGGGACUCCAACUGCCCACCCAGAACCUUCCUCCACGACAACCAGUUCACAUGCCAGGCAUGCCAUCGCUACUGCCAGUCGUGUGAAGGCCCGGGGCCCGGAGACUGUCAGAUGUGUGCCCUGCCCCGAUACCUCCACAAUGACUCAUGUGUGACAGAUUGUCCACCUGGGACCUACAGUGCCCAUGAGGAAGCUGAUGGGGUUGAGCUGGGUUUCUGUAUGCCCUGUGAUCACGUGUGUGCCACAUGCUCUGGGGCUUCUCCCAAAGACUGCCUAAGCUGUGCACCGGGCCACUUGCACCUACUCUCUCAUCUCUGUGUUACCCACUGCCCCACAGGGUACUACAGUACAGGGGGGAGGUGUGAGAAGUGUGACCGUUCGUGUGAGCUGUGCUCAGGGCCGGGCCCUGACGCAUGCAGACUGUGUGUGCCUCCUUUGCUGGAGCUGCAUGGUACCAGGCUGUGCGUGGAGACCUGUCCCCAGCGCUUCUACCAGAGCGGCCCCGACUGCCGACAGUGCCACACCAGCUGCAAGACCUGCACAGAUAACACACCACAGGGUUGUGUGACAUGUGACUGGGGCAGUAUCCUGCAGGAUGGCGUAUGUUACCCUCGCUGUGAAGAAAGCUGCUUCUUCUCUCAGAAUGAGGCUUGUGAGCCCUGCGACGAGUCCUGCAGACACUGUUCAGGUGCUGGAGCAGAGAGCUGCCUGACCUGUCACGUGGGUUUCGGCCUGCACGCUUCAUCCAGCCGCUGUGUGGCCUGCUGCCGGGCGGGGGAAGGGUCCAGGAACUGCUGUCUGUGCGACUCGACUUCAGGUCUGUGUUUAGAGGCUCCUGUCCCAGAAGAUUGGCAGACUGAGGAUGAUGAGUUGAGGCGGAGGUCCCAGGCCUUCCACCACACCUCUGCAGGCCUGGCUGCCGCGCUGGCCCUGGCUGCCGCGCUGGCCCUGGCUGUCUUCGCUCUGGUGCAGGCACGUGCUCGGAAGCGGCUGUGCUGGAGGCACAGCUACGAAAGGCUAAGCGGCACCGCGGGAGGCGGGCCCGACCCGAGGCCCAUGCCCCACGGCGUGCCUGAGCCGGAGGACAGCGGUGACGAGGCCGACGUGGUGUACACCAGCCGGGACGGAUCCGUCUACCGCCGCUACGGCUUCAUUCAUGAGCCUGACACUGAGGAAGAGGAGGAAGUGAAUGAGAAUACAUACCUCAACAGAGCCUAGCUCGAGCAGUCUUUCUGCACAAGCACUGUCAGAACACUGAGGACUGGACCUGACUCUCUUGCAAGUUAAUGAAUCAGUCAAAUGUUCCGUCUUUAUAGUUUGCGUGUGCAUUGAAAACCUCUUGUUUUAAUAAGUAAACGUCCUGCGAAAAUGGCCUUUCAGAUAAUGUCAUUGUAAGGUAUUUACAAUAUGGAGCACCUGUGGCACAAUACCUAUUUUUACGUGUGAGAAUAUUUUUAGCUUUUUAAAUUUAAUUUUAUUUUUUUAGAAUGAAAGCAAACUCAUAGAACUUAAUAUUAAUUGGACUGCCUGUUGUAAAUAAGUGUUUUCAGUAAGUUACCUGAGAUGGCUGUAAUGAUUAAUAAAUGCUUUGAAUAUGACUGAA